GGGUAUCCAUCGUCAAGUACAUCCGUGCAAACAAGCUACAAAGAAGUGUGUGUUCGUCCUUGAAGAUGUCAUUUUUCGAAAGAAAAAGAAUAUGUUUGACCCCGACGUGAUUCGAACACGCAACCUUCUGAUCUGGAGUCAGACGCGCUACCGUUGCGCCACGGAGUCGGUGACUUAAUAUCUCUAGAAACAUAGCGUGAGCAUUCAUUUCUCUGCAAAACCUUGAUGGAAAUUAAUUUUUGAAAAUAGCCGUUAGUCAGACAGCGUCCAAGUUAACAAAACCUGGCAUUUAAUGUGUUAUGCAUAGGCUCUUGAAAGCUCAUUUUUCCUAGAAGACGUGGAGCUCGGCAUGUGAGAAAAAUGGAGUGAUGAGGGUUUGUUGUUGUCAGAAACAAUAUUUUUAGUUUGGUUUGGCUCUUUGUUGCUUAAAACGUAUAUUUCGAAGAAAAACAAAACAUUUUUGCAAAAUACUGUGAACGGUAGGCUUUCUGACUCUUGAAAAUCUGACGAAACCUCUUGGGAACUGUUAAAUCUAUAUUUAAAAAAUGUGAAUAGAAUAAAUGAUGACAAAGAAAUGGACGACGAUAAGAAGACGAUAUACGAAUGUGACACGACGACUAGAAAACUAACUGUGAACUCUCCUAUAAUGUAUGUUUGCCUCAAUUGAUUUUAGCGGGGUUCAUCACUCUCACCGUCUACGGGACUAAAAAUGAUCAUGAUUGGCAUACAAGAUCAAAGUAAACAACAAGAAUCUCAGCAAUUAAUGAUCGAUGACAACUGGUUUUCCACCGUCCAUUUUGAUCGCUUAUUUUUUUCGACAAGUCGUCCACGACCUCGAGCACCACCGAUGGUGAACCGUCCUUAUAUAGUGCUUAUGGGAAUUGUAUAA